AUGGUGCGCACUGCCGUCGACUUCCUUACAAAACAAGGUAUUUCAUAUUCCUUUGCAGUAACAAAGAUCGGGCUGUGGGUCGUUUGUGUCAAGUUUGAACGCAGUGCUGCUGUUCGCGCACUGACAGUGGAUCAACGAAACGAUGUUUUUAGCAACAUGGUUUCUUUACUGUUUAGCGGUAUUGCCGGUCGACUACUUAUUUUUCUCAUUUUAGAACGAUUUCGAGAUCUAAAGUACCUGGAUCCGGUUGGAGCCAUCCUUAUUGGAUUUUACAUCCUGUACUCCUGGUAUCAAAUCGGUGCAGAACAAACCCGCAACCUGGCUGGACACACAGCAGAUCCCAGAUUUAUUCAGAAAAUCGCUUUUGUCAGUCUGAACCACCACGCAGCGAUUGAACGGUUGGAUACUAUCCGGGCUUUCCAUUUCGGCUCACAUUUUCUUGUAGAGGUGGAUAUUGUUUUGCCGAUGGGGAUGCGCCUGAAGGAAGCACACGAUAUUGGAGAAACGUUGCAGAAAAAGCUUGAGAGAGUGGAACACGUGGAACGUGCUUUUGUACAUUUGGACUAUGAGUUUUCUCACCAUCCAGAAAGCGAGCACAAGAUCGCCAACUAGUUGCUAACGUCGCUCCUCUAAAACUACAAAAAUCACCACAGAGACGCGUUGUCUGUUCAUUUGACAUUUGUUUAUUGUUUAUUCCUUUUGAUCUCAUUGUGGUCGCACUCAGCGCCUAUGAAUUACCUUUUCCCCCACUUUUCGGGCAGAAUCUCUUGUUGAAUUGUCAGCCUGAUGAUAUCAAUUAUGUACAUCAGUCUCUGAGCUUUCAAUUUUCGAGUUUCAAAUUUUGCUGAUCCCAUUGUUUCUGAGUAUAUCGUAGGGCGACACAACGAUUACUAUGCAUGCCAAGCUAAAAAACAUUCUCCCGUGGUAGUUAAUCAGAUGGCUGCUGAUCUGUUUGCUGAGCUUGGUAAUUGACUUUCACAUACGUUUCCUCACCAUUCAAUAAGACUACCACUACGCUGCUGGGUGCUCUGCUUUUGAGUUUCACAUUUCUGCAGUAACUGGUCGUUAUGGCCUCUUG